CUGACAGCGGGGGCGGGGCUCGGUGUCGGGCGCUUUUCACUGUCAGCUGGAGCUGAGCCUGGAGCUGCUGUCCUGACUGACCAUCUAUGUGACCGGGAUUGACGGCUCAGAGGCUCUGACAUGAAGAAAGACAUUGAAGCUUUAAUAGCACAGGAAAGAGCCGACAUAAUCAGCAAAUAUGAGCGGGGAAAGCAGCCGGGUGCUGAAAUUGACCCAUGGGAAGAUGCUGAUUUUGCACUGUACAAAGUUACUGACAGAUUUGGAUUCUUACAUGAGCAAGAAUUGCCUUCACGAACUGCUGUUGAGGAGAAGCAAAAACUGCAGGAAAUUGAGCGCGUGGACAAGUGGCUGAAGAUGUUAAAGAAGUGGACAAAAUACAGGAACAGUGAGAAGAUGUUCCGCAGAGUUUAUAAAGGAAUUCCUUUGCAAGUCAGGGGCCAGGUAUGGUCACUGCUUUUGGAUGUUGAAGUGACAAAGUCUGUGAAUGAGGGUAAAUAUGAGAAAAUGAAAGAGCUGGCCAAGAUGUAUUCAAUGGAAAUCAAACAGAUUGACUUGGAUGUGAACCGAACAUUUCGAAAUCAUAUUAUGUUUAGGGAGCGAUAUGGAGUCAAGCAGAGGGCCUUGUUUGAUGUAUUAUCAGCAUAUUCUGUCUACAAUACGGAAGUCAGUUAUUGUCAGGGGAUGAGUCAAAUUGCUGCUGUGCUGCUUAUGUAUCUGAACGAAGAAGAUGCUUUCUGGGCUCUAGCGCAACUGUUGACCAACCAAAGGCAUGCAAUGCAUGGGUUUUUCAUCCCUGGCUUCCCCAAACUUAAAAGAUUUCAAAGUCAUCAUGAACAAAUUCUCAGCAAGCUUUUCCCCAAGCUAAAAAAGCAUAUGGACAAAGAAGACAUGUCCACUGGAAUUUAUACAACAAAGUGGUUUCUGCAAUGCUUCUUAGAUCGGACACCUUUUACACUGACCCUGAGACUGUGGGACAUCUAUAUUUUGGAGGGCGAGCGAGUGCUUCCUGCCAUGGCAUACACUAUACUGAAACUGCACAAAAAGCGACUUCUCAAGAUGUCCAUGGAGGACCUUCGGGAGUUCCUGCAAGAAAAAAUAGCGCAGUCUUUGAGCUAUGAUGAUGAUAUUGUGGUUGAACAGCUGCAGACAUCUAUGGCUGAAUUGAGAAAGAUGAAACUAGAGCUGCCACCACCAGGAAAGGCUGAAGAGUUCCCCAAAAUGACCUUGGGUCUGGAUAUACCUGUUCACCUGCUUCCUGUUAAAGCAGCAGUAGAGUCAUUUGUACUGGAUAGAACAGAUGUUGGCAAUACAGCACAAAGCUCUAAGCCUCCUGGAGAUGUUAAUGUGAAUAAUUCAAAAGCAGAUAAUACAAACAUGAACAUCAUAUCGGCUCCACACCAGAAUGGUAGUUCAAGACCCAUGACUGAAGACACUAAAACUGUCGAGUCACAGCCAAUAAAACCAGAUUGCCUCAAGAUGGUGGAGCAGCACAAAGAAGAAUCUGAUGCAGAAAAUGGAAAUGAUCCUAAAUCUAAAGUCGGUGCCAUUGGUGAAAGUCAUCCAGACUGUGUACUAGAGCAUAAGGAAUGCAAAAAAGUUUUUUCUAAACUAAGUAUUGUAGAUGAACAGCAAGUGCAAAGUUCACUUGUAUCUACUACGAAAUCUGAAAGCUUUAAUGCACCAGAUGCAAAUAGCCACAUUAUGGAUUGUACUCAUGAUUGUAAGGAAAAAAACAUUCAUCCUGCUUUUAGAAAUACUACAUUUAAGUGUCAAUUUAAGCAAUAUUUGCUAAAUGAAGAAAAAGGAGAUAUUACCCUGGCCUCAGAUUCUGAAGCAAGUCUGUUCCAACCAUGUUCUCUGGAAGUAACACCUUUACAAACCGAUGACAUUACUUCUUAUGAAACUUUGACCGUUACACAAGAAACCGAACGCAGUUGUGCUCCAACAAGACAACCAGUCUCGCUUCUGCCCCCAGAAAUAGACAUUAGAAGAUGUUCUUCACAGUAUGAUCAAGAAAAAUUGACACCUUGCCCUAGAGACUCAUCCUUGGGUGAAUUGGAAACAGAAAUAUGGCAGUCAAACAUAUGCAAUGCCCUUGACUUGUCCACAGAGCAGCCUAAUGACUUGGACAAGCAAUUCAUACCUACCAUGGCAUGCCACCAAGGAGCCUUAGGCAGUGUUCCUACAAUGCUUACACAAUCUGAUCUGCAAGAAAAAAGGAGUUCUCUUACAAAAUUAUCCCCAUCAUUAACACACGCAUUUACCGCCUAUCAAGUCAUUAAAACAGUUACUGAAAUUCAGGUGUCUCAUGUCAGCCAUCAAGACCUCCAGGAUGUCAAGCAAGUAGCACAUCCCUUGUUUCAUAGCCUCAAACUCAUGCUUACACGCAGUAACCAUACUCAGGAAGAACAAAAUGAUGGGGGUCAUAUACCUGUAACUCAAGGUAUAAAUGGCCCCAUGAGUACAUGUACAAAUUUUCCAACUUUGCAGCAAAAAUCAAGUCCAAAGCAAUCGGGAAAAUAUCCUCUUAUUCAUAAAACGCUUUCCAAUGACCGUUUGUACCCAACCAGUCAAAUUGUGUCUCAGAUGUCUAAAUCUGUUACCUUCUAAACAAGAGAGAUGCAUGCUCCCCUUUGUAUUUGCAGCAUUGUGGUUUGUGGUGUAUUAGCCAUUUUUAUGCAGGACAUAAAAAUAGGCCCAGUCGAUAGCACAGACUUAUAAAGAAAAAUAUUCACUGCACUGGUUCCAUUUUAACAAUUUUUUACAUUUUUUUUAUAUAAACACAAAGUGCUUAUUAUUCCUGUUGAAUAUUUUAUUUUCAUUUACCCCUUAAAGUCUUGCACACGAUCAUAUAUUGUUGUCUCUAAGAAAUGUGUAAAGUUAUUUAAAUGAAUCCACUCCAAGACUCUUCAUAUAUUGGUUGUGACCUGUAGGAAAAGUCCAGAUCAGAGGUGUAGACUAAUACACCUGUAAGACGUAAACAUCCAAAUAUAUGUAAGCAUGUUGUCCAUAUGCCAGUAUCAACUGUUCAGGUAGUUAGUAUCUGCUGCAAAAAUGUUUUUAAAGAAAUAUGUUCGUAAAUACAACAUAUGAACUGUCUGGCAUUGUGGCGCAUAUACAAAUUUUUAUACUAAUUUUUGUGUUUUUGGUGAUUAAAUGGGGCUUUAUUUUUGUCAUUUGUAUUCUAGCAUUUUUUUGUUUUUAUUUUUAACAGCCCCAAGUGCAACUAAAAUACUUUUUAAAAAGCUGUCCCCUUUCCGUAAUGGUUGUUUUGAUAAAGGGGGAUAUAUAGUUUACAUACAAUGGGAACAGAGGUGUGGUGUGUUUUUUUUUUUUAUUCAUUUUUGUUUAAACUUUUUAACCCUCAA